GUACAUGCUCGCAUACAUUGAGUUGCUGGAGACCUCUGCAGCUUAGAAAUAUUUAGUGAUUCUGAACAAAAACCCCCUCUCAAUAUCUCAAUCUCAAUCUCAAUCUCAUCCACAAUUCAUCGUUCAAUAUGACCAACAUCUUGAUUGUAGGUGCCACUCGUGGUUUAGGUGCAUCACUUGCGAACAAUUACGCUUCGCAACACUCAACAACCGUUUAUGGAACCACGCGUGCUGCCACAGGCCCAUCCAAUCUGAAUGAAAAGAUCGUAUGGAUUCCCAAUAUCGAUGUUGCAGAAGAAGGUGUAGGGAGAAAAUUGGUGAAUCAGCUGGGUAUGCUCGGAGGGGGUGGUGGAAUGGUUGAGGGGGGACGAGUUGCAUUUGAUGUCGUUAUUAUUACAGCUGGAUAUUUUGCCACAGAAGACUUUGUCAAUGGUCCAAAAUGGGAUGAACAAGUAAAGAUGUACACAACAUCGGCCAUCUCUCCUCCCUUCAUAGUCCAAUCUCUGUUCCGCGCCAAAAACAUCACAAAAGGUUCCAAAAUCCUUCUUAUCUCCUCUGAAUCAGGCUCAAUCACUUUGCGGCACGAGAAGGAAGGCGGCGGUAAUUAUGGACAUCACGCUUCAAAAUCCGCUCUCAACAUGGUUGGAAAGCUUCUUUCGCUAGAUUUGAAGGAGCAUGGAAUAAUUGUAUCGAUUCUGCAUCCUGGAUUCAUGCGAACAGAGAUGACAAAAGGAGUGGGCUUUGAUAAAUAUUGGGACGAUGGAGGAGCAGUAACACCCGAUGAAGCUGCGGGGAGCUUGGUUGAAUGGACAGAAAAGCUAGACAUCAGUAAGUCGGGUCAAUACUGGGCACCAAGGGGUCCUAGAGAUAUUGGUACCGCGGAUGUAACAAUCGGGACGGGUCUACCUACGCCUCUGCAACUACCAUGGUAGUGAUGUUGACGGGGGUGGCACACAAUGCUUUAUGACGAUUAUGAUAAUGACUAGUAGCGCUGCUUCAUUUGGGUUAACUCUUUUAAAUUUGAACAAGUAUUACAUUUUGAAACAUGGCAAUGCAAGCAAAUAUAAGAGUGAAAAGUGGUACAAGAUUUGACACGGCGGAUAAUGGUAAAGACAAAUAAUGAUACA